AUGCGCGGCGUACUCCGAGGCGGGGACGACCAUCUCGCACCAUUUGUUCUCACACGUGACGAGGCCUCGGCCGUCGCGGCUGUAGUCCUCGAUGAGGCCAACGAGGUACGAGAAAGGGUCCGCCGGCCGCGCCUGCGCCACGGCUUCGAGCCACUCGUCCGUCAGAAGCCGCAGCCGGUAGCGGGAGAGAUAAUUCUCGUGGGGAUCACCGGCGCCACGGGGCAUGGCCGCGCCUCUAGAGGAAGUAAGAUGGAAGAGAAGGAAGGAGGGACGAAAGGAUGCGGCUUUGUGCUCCCUUCAAGCUUCUUGAUGUUUCCUGCUGUGGCGUACCCCAGCUCCUGA